CCUUUCCACAAUGGGUUCACGUUCUCGCAGUCCGUCGCUGAAACGUCGUCACCACAAGAGCAAGCAUAAAAAACGCAGCAAGAGUAAGUCACACAACCGAGACAGGGAGCGUGAAAGAGAGAGAGAACGGGAAAGGGACCACGAACGUAGCAGUUGCACACGAAGCAGCCGAACGGAUAGAGACAAAUCCACAGAAAUGAACCAACAUGGUCGGCGAGAUCGUGACAGGCAUCGCAGCGACAGGCACACGCACUCGCACACACACAUACACUCGCACACAGAGCGCGACUAUCAUCGGCACUCGCACUCCAAGUCCCGCAAGCGAUCCAGCUCAUCCAGCAGUGAUAGUCAGCAGUACUCCGAUCAUGAGACUCAGAGGAGUCGGCACAAGCGCAGUCGCUUUAAGAAACUAGAUGAGCAAAACUUACUACAGGUGGAGCGAUUGGCCGAAAUGGAACGGCAACGUCGCCAAAAGGAGGCUGAGCAAAAAACCAUUGAAGAGCAGGCGGCCAAACGAAUCGAGAUGCUAGUGAAGAAGCGUGUUGAGGAAGAGCUCGAGAAGCGUCGCGACGAAAUCGAGCAAGAGGUGAAUCGUCGCGUCGACACUGCCAAAGCUGAAAUGGAGCGUGAUAUGAUGCUGGAGCUGGAAAAGCGACGCGAGCAAAUACGAGAAGAUGAACGCCGUCGCGAGGUAGGUGCUCGUAUUCAGAUUUCGCUGGACGACUGCUGCUACCACAAUACACAAACUGCCACUACAACUACCACAAACAAUCUUCGACUCCUACCGAAAAACACACACACGAACAAAACCAAAACCAAAAACCACCAACAAAAAGCAGUUGCAAACAGUCGUCUUUUAAAAGCAAAUGUUACUCGAAAUUGUGUAGCGACGUUUCCAAUUUCACCGCCAAAAACAUCAGCAGUAAAAGCGGCUCAGUGUGCCAACGUCUAUGUAUGGGUGUGUGUGUGCGUCUGAGUGUGUAUUAACCUUACUAACCAUCAUUUAAAUAUCUCAUAACAAACGCAGUUAUGUUCUUGAAUUACAUUAGAUCAGUACUAUAUUGUAUCUUAUCGUAAUUGAAGAACCAACUUUGGAUCUUCAUGUCAUUUGAAAAACUCUUAGAAUCGUACUAUUCUGCAAUUUUGUUAUUUUUGAUAUUCAUAUAUUCAAUUCGUGCAGUCAAGAACAUGGCUGAAUUUCCUGCUCUUUUCUUAUAUUGUAAUUUUUAACCCUUUAGAUUUUAAGCUCAUCUUGAGGCUUGCGCAACAACAACAACACCACACACACACACGCACACACAUUCCUAUUAAACAAACCCACUGAGCCCUUUGGGCACGUCGCUGCACAUUUCGUCUCUAUUCUUGUCAAAUAAUUUUGUAAUUAUUAUUUAUUUUUUCUACCAACCAACAAAAAAAAAAAAAAAAAAUGUGUCUUGCAGCGCAUAAAUCUAUUUGCAUUACUUUUAGCUUCAUCUUUUGUUUGUUCGAUAUACAUUAUAUAUAAUUUUGAUUGGUUUCCGUAAUUCGUUGUUGUUGUUGUUACAUAAUAUUGCGCGAUAUAUUGCUUCUAUCGAAUGAUGAGAGUAUGUGUGGGUGCGAGAGUGUGCGCAAGGUAACACGUAAACACUUAACACACAAUCAGAAUGUACUAUAAACUCCUAAGUGUGCAUAUAUCCGAACAUACUUGAUUGAUAACAAUGGCAUAUGUACGUAUGGCCAUCCCAACCCUACGACCCCACUACAUCCGUACCUAAGCCGGACCCACAAUGCGCGAGCCCUGCUUUGAUGAGAAUUCGGCCACAUGGAUGAGCAGCAGAACAUACAAGAUGUUCCACACAUACACAUCCCAAAUAUCGUACAGUUUGAGGCGUGGUCCCAAAAUAUACACCUAUGUAAUAUAUAGUUAUUAAAUUAGCUAGCCAGUACAGUUGGUAUAGUAUUUGUAGGCGGGCGGCGUCAGAAUUUCUUAGAAUAGUUUAGUUUCAACUGUACGCAACCUUAAAAGCGGCAUAUCGAUUAAAACGGGUGAGUGAGUUCCUUAAGUAAAACGAACAAAACCAAUGUGUGCAAUAUUCGAAAUGGAUAAAAACAAAACAAACUACAACAAAUAUGUGGAAAGUGUAAUUAAAAACCCUGAAACAAUUUUAAAGCAAAGACUGCAAAGUCCAACAAACGAUCCUCUCUCUAGGAACAUUCGUCAUAGGAGCAUCAAUGCUGAUCAGACUUAAGAUUGUUAUCCUAACUCAUAAGCUGGAUUACCAUUUGUCAAUCAAUGGGUAUGACUGUACUUAUUGUUGUUGUCGUGCCUAUCAUGUACUUUUAUGUUUGUUGAUCUCAACACACGCAUUUUUCGUUUCUUGGGACGAAUUUUAUUUUCGUUUGUAAUGUAAAUCAUUUGAUUAUAACAACUAUAACUGUAGCUGAAAUACCGUAAAUCAAAAUGCAAAUUCGCAGCAAAGCCAAAAAUUUACAAAAAUGAUUUAGCCAUUAAACUGGAAAAAUGAACUAUUUCAAUA